UUGGAAGGAAGCAGCCGAGUGUAUUGAGAAUGUUAAACCAAGAAAGAACCACAAGACGCGGUUAUCUGCAGAACGUGGAAACAUCUAUGUUCAUCCCUAUAUAUACGUAGCGCCCACACAAUACUGUCUCAUAUCUAUCAGCAAUCCCCUCCGUCUCUCUCUCGUCCAGAAAGCUGCAAUAUUUUCUCUUCCUUCUUGUUGAACCCUGAACUGAAGCCGUCCGACUGACCCGUCUCGCGUCGCGUCUCGACUUCGAUCCAAGAGGGCUACUUUCUUCUUUCCGAGAACAGAUCAUCGCAUGGCUGUUGCUGGGCAAACUGUUUCAGAGGCCGCGUCGAGCUUUGGAUGCGGCAGAGACGCUCCUUCUGAGCAGAAGCUGGGUCUUCUGUCGGGGAAGGGGACGGUCGAUGAUGCCGGUGUUGAUGGGUGCUUCGACUGCAACAUAUGCUUCGAUUCGGCAACCGAUCCCGUGGUCACCCUUUGUGGCCACCUGUACUGUUGGCCAUGCCUAUAUAGGUGGUUCGAUGCGCAAGGCUCAUCCGAUGAACCGGAUCAGCGGCAUCAGACUUGCCCAAUUUGCAAGGCCGGGAUCUCACCCUCCACGUUGAUACCACUAUACGGCCGGGGAUCUUCUUCUUCUGAAAGCGACUCCGAGAAACUUGAUUCAGACAUUGCCAUACCUCGUAGGCCGUCUCCUGGUGCGCUGAAUCUGAACUCUAGCAACGGUCCAAGCUGGCAACAUCGUUGCUCGAACCCUGUCCUUUCGCAUUCACAGUUACCUCAGGAGCAGCUGAUAGCUAGUUUGGGCACCAACGCUGGCAUGUUUGGUGAGAUGGUCUAUGCUCGGAUGUUCGGAUGCUCUGACACGAGUCUCAGCAACUAUCCUCACGCAUACUCCUAUCCUGGAGUUGCGAACAGCGGUCGUAGAUUGAGAAGGCAAGAAGUGAAGCUGGAUCGGUCCCUCAACCGAUUAUCGGUCUUUCUUUUCUGUUGUAUGAUGCUCUGUCUCCUUCUGUUCUAAUUAGCUUCAAUCGUAUUGCUUUGGAGCUACUAAUUUUUGGUCAGAUGUAAAUUAGUUCUAGUGUGAAGGCCAGAUGGGUAUAUAUGUAGGCCGACAUUGUUUGAUUUGUACAAAGUGUUAUAGCUCAAGCGACGAGCAUGAUUUUGCCUUUUCAAUCUUAGUCAGUUUCAUCUCA